GCGGCGUCACCACUUAGACCGUCCUUCCACGUCCUUAGACUUCAGGCAGUCGGGCGCGCCGCAAAUAUUCGAACACCUAAGGAGAUACGAAUCACCAUCAAGGGAGGGAGGAGACAUCAAGGAUACGGUUGAAAAAUUGGGGAAAUCCGUCGCUGCCAUGACGGACUUCUUCAACGAAGCAAAGAUGAAGAAAGACGAAAAGGAGCAGAGGAAACGAGAGAAGAAGGAGGCCGAGGAGCACGAGGCGGCAGGAUGUGAACAGGCCGAGAGGAAGGCUAAGAAGAAGGCGGAGAAGUGUAAAGAGGAGAUGGAAUUGGAGGCGCAACGACGGGAGGAAAUGAGGAAGGACAACGACAUCCAACUCGCCAUACGGCUCAGCGAGAUGGAGGAGAAUUUUUCACAUCAAGUGGAGAGCGUUAUCGGCCCCUUGAGGGAAAUUAUCAGGCACGGUAAGAAGAAAGUGACAUACGUUGCAGAGAGUGCGUCUGCAUCGGAAGAAGAAAGUGACACCAAUGUUACGCAGGAACAAAGCGCGCAAGCAGAGCAUCUAUGUAUCUCCGAGAAAAGGAAUAGAGGACAGGAGCCGGAAUUUGAUGAUAGCCCACCGAUGGAGCUGCCACCGAAGCGGACGCCAAGGAAAGGUGCUCUGAAGCCGACCAAAUUGACUGGCCGCAUGACUAGAGCAAGGACCAUCGUCAAGGCACAUGGAUCUGUCAAGCGGAUAUCACCCGUGAAGACACCUCUAUCAGCCAGACGGAAGAAGAAUAUGGCACCAAGCACACCUGGGCCGGCCACAACACCUACAACGAAGGGAGCGCUGCAACGAUUGCGCUUUCGUGACGGCAUGAUGGACGUGAUCGAGCUGCAACGCAUCUGCAAGGAAGAGGGGGUCUCGUAUGACAGCAAGAUCGAUGCGAUCUUUGCCGCUGAAAGUCGGGCUAAAGAGAAGUACGACUUAGACUCCACCGGCAUCACCGAGGUUAUCGCAGUGGAUGACAGUGCUUCAGGCGGACCACCGGAAGAGCAACGUGAUGCAUGAGGAGGGUGGGAGAUUCCAAUACUGUGGAAACUCUACAGAUGCUUUACUAA